CGUCUCCACCGUCGGCUGGGGCCGACGGGCAAGGAGGCCCACGCUCUGAAAAGGCUGCGUGAAGCUGCCAAUAGCAAUGAUUUGGACACAGUGCAGCAACUCUUGGAGGACGGAACAGACCCCUGUGCUGCGGACGACAAAGGCCGGACAGCCCUGCACUUUGCCUCCUGCAAUGGCAACGAUCACAUCGUCCAACUGCUUCUGGACCAUGGGGCUGACCCAAACCAGAGAGAUGGGCUGGGCAAUACUCCCUUACACUUGGCUGCCUGCACGAACCACGUUCCUGUCAUCACCACCCUACUGCGCGGAGGGGCCAGAGUUGAUGCCUUGGAUCGAGCUGGCAGAACCCCACUGCACCUUGCUAAAUCAAAGCUGAAUAUCCUGCAGGAAGGAUUCUCCCACAGCCUGGAGGCUGUACGCCUUGAAGUGAAGCAGAUUAUCCAGAUGUUGCGGGAAUACCUGGACCGUCUGGGGAGGCAUGAGCAAAAGGAACAGCUGGAUGACCUCUGCUCCAGGCUACAGAUGACUAGCACAAAGGAGCAGGUGGAUGAGGUUACUGAUCUCCUGGCCAGCUUCACAUCACUCAGCCUGCAGAUGCAGAAGAUGGACAACAGGUAAUGGGCUGCCAAAUCAUCUUCCUGAAGUAGCAGGAGAAGCCUUAGAGAGAAGAAAAGGAAGCUGAAGUUUGCUUCCCAGAUUGCUGGCUAAACAUUGCUGCCAGCAGCCAUUCCUGCCAGACUGACUCUCCAGUGGUGCUCAGGCUGUUCCUGUUGCUGCUGCCACAGCUGCCCCACGGGGAGGCAGCAGGCUUUGCAUAACAAAGGCGACAGACAAGAAUGCUGCAGCUGUGACUUUGGGAUAAAAGAGCUGCUCUACUUUUUACCAGUUGGGCUGGCAAUGAAUAGGGUACCCUUUCCAGAGAUAUUUUGCCUUCUCCCAAGUGUGUCAGUUCAAUGUAGGCAGUGACCAAUGCCAUGUGCAGCCAUGCCAUCAGCCCUGACUAGUGCACUCAGCAGCUGGCCAGCAUCAUGGAAAUGCUUGGAACAGGCACCUUUUACCACCUCCAUACUGCAAAACUUCAUGAGGGAGAAAGUGAAUGCCUUGAACAGCAGAAGGCUUUGUGCUAUGAGAAGAACACACAUUUAAUUCUGCACGCUAGAAGCUGAGCAAACAUUUUGCCUUAAGAAAGGUGCACUGAGGCUUAAAUCCUCACCUUCCCCAGAGUCUGCUGUCAGAGGGCAGAGAAUAUGUCUGGUUACAAGUGGGAUACAAAGUUUUUCAUGGUUAGAGUAACACCUUUCACUGAACACAUUUUUUAAGUCUGCUGCAAUUUAGUGCUUUAAUUUUGCUGUUUAACUCUUGCAAAAAAUAAGCAGGUACACAGCUAGCAGGUCUGAGCUGCCAUCAUGUGAGAAUAAGGAUUGGAGGGUGGCAGUCUUAACACAGUUCUAGUCAGACAUCUACAUCUUGGAAAAAAAAAAAAAACACCAUAGGGUUUUUUUGCUAAAACUUAAAACUUUUUUAGAAAAAGUUUGCUAAACUUUUGUGUUUCCUGUUACUGGCAGUCUCAGGCAAGAGGUCCAGUUGUGACAGGAGAACCUUAAGUGUAGUGUGAGAAAUGAAUUAUGGCUUAUGCUGGGAGCCUGAAGUGAUGCAGCUGUGAAAGAUGCAGGGAAAUGCUCUUGCUGCUCUCUUGCUUCUGCCCACUGUGGUUAGCAAUGAAGAUUUAGGUUGCUUUGUUGUGGAGCAGGGAUCUAGGCAAUCUUGUUGAUAGGGCACCAACAGUAACAGGGUGGCAGGAACAUGUCAAUAGUAAUCUGAGUUCCCACCUGUGUACCACAUCAUGGUAGCCAUAUCUAUCCCACAGCUUGGGAGUUGCUGGUUUGAAAGAGUUUAUUAUUAGGAUUCAGCUUAAAUAUGCAGCAGCCACAGUUCAGAGCAUUCUUCAGAGAUCUUUAGGUCAGCAUGUGCUGUGAUAUCUGCCUCUUGUCCAGGAAGAGGCUAAGUGGAUCUCUGCUCAAAGCUGAGAUACCAGAAAUAGGCAUGGCUUUUAGGUGGGUUCAUCUGUGGGCUGCUGGAGGACAGAGCUGGGAGCAACAGUCUCAUGGCUGGGCUGGAGCUGUCACUGUGAAUAUUGAUACGUCAUUAUAAUGUGCUAGAUGGGAAGGAUGCCAAGAGGGUGGGAGACAAUAUGACCUUUUUGUAUUUUCAAUUACAAUAAAAUCCUGUCAGCCCUUUAC